AUGGAGCCCAUCAAGGUUGGAAUUAUUGGAUAUGGAGGCUCGGCGGUCACAUACCACUUGCCUUUCAUCGCGCCAAAUCCAGAACUAGACAUUCAUGCUUUCUUGCAACGGAGAGAGGCCCCCAAGGGAUCGGGCGUCGCUCAGAGCGUGCAUUGCACCAUCGAUUUCCCGGACUCCAAGCAUUAUAGGACAUCAGAGGCUUUCUUCGCCGACGACAAGAUCGAGCUAGUUGUUAUCUGCACCAAUGUCGACAUGCAUGCUGAGUUGACGGAGCGUGCUCUCCGGGCUGGAAAACACGUUGUUGUCGAGAAGCCGUUUACUAUGUCCAGCAAAGAAGCAGACGAUCUCAUUGCCUUGUCGAAGCUAGCCGGGAAAAUCUUGACGGUAAACCUGGUGGAAAACGGGACACUCGGGGAGAUCACCGAAUUCGAAAGCCGCUAUGAUAUGGACGACUUAAGAGCGCUGAUUUGGGACAAGCCAGUGCCAGGCGACGGAAUGCUAUAUGUAUUGGGUGGUCAUACUAUAGACCAAGCACUGCAGCUAUUCGGACUACCUGCUUCGGUCACGGCUUGGACUCGCUCUUUGAGAAAAGACUGCAAGGUCGACGAUGCGUUCACUGUCACCUUGCAGUACGCUGGUGAGAAGAAGGACCUUGUCUGUACCCUCAAGACAACCGUUGUCAGCUGCGGCCCAGCGAAUAAGCAAUUGAGAUUCCACGUUCGCGGAACGAAGGGAACGUUCAUGAAGCAGAUUGAGCAUCUCAUGGGUGGCCUGCGUCCCGGAACUGCGACAUUUGGUGUAGAGCCUCGCGACUUUCAUGGAUUCUUGUCGACGAGAGUCAUGAGCAAGUCAGUGCCCGAAAACGCGUCGACUAGCUUUGACAGGACAUUUGAAAGUCUACCUGGGUCGUACUAUGACUAUUACGAGGACGUCGCUCGCGCGAUUCGAGGUGAAAGAGAUGUCGCGGUCAAGCCAGAAGAGUCCCGCAAUGUUAUCCGCGUCAUUGAGUUGGCGAAGCAGUCUGCUGAUAAAGGCAUAACAAUACCAUGGAGCUGA